UGAUUUUGACCAAAAAAUUGUGACACGCUUCUCUUUCUUUCUCUCUUAAAUCUCUCUUGUUGUGUCUGUCACAUUAGGUUUAUUUCCCAAAACAACAACAACAGCAACAAAUUCAUUAAAUUUCCAGUAUAAUAUCAUUCAACACGACUUUCCCUUUUUUUUUUGUACAUGUUUAUAUUUAUUUCUGUGUAUCAAAAUUAGAGCAAAAAAAAUAAAAUGAAGACAUCCUUGAAGAAAUUGAGAGGAUUGGCUACACUUAGACAUGAAAGAAAAGAAAGAAGGCUACGUCAACCAUCUGAUGAGCUUGCUAUGGCUACUCAGGAUAUGGAAGAAAUGAAAGAUUGCUACGAUAGGUUACUUUCUGCAGCAGCUGCAACUGCAAAUGGUGCAUAUGAAUUUUCCGAAUCGCUGCGAGAAAUGGGCGAUUGUCUUCUUGAGAAAACGGCAUUGAAUGAUGACGAAGAAAGCGGUAAGGUGUUACUAAUGCUGGGCAAAUUGCAGUUUCAGCUUCAGAGACUUGUAGAUAACUAUCGCUCUCAUAUUAUCAAGACUAUUCAAGUCCCUUCAGAAUCCCUUAUCAAUGAACUGCGCAUAGUUGAGGAUAUGAAGAUGCAAUGUGAUUACAAGAGAGGAGUGUAUGAGAAGAUGUUGCAAAAAUACAGAGAUAAAGGCAGGAUAAAAGGCACUAAGGGAGAAAAUAUUUCUUCCCACCAGCUGCAAGUAGCUUUUGAAGAAUAUGAUGAGGGCGCUAAUGUUUUUGUAUUCCGUAUGAAGUCCCUCAAGCAAGGACAAUCCCGCAGCCUUUUAACACAGGCAGCUCGACACCAUGCUGCUCAGCUAUCUUUCUUCAAGAAAGCCCUCAAGGGACUUGAGGAGGUUGAGCCGCAUGUCAAAUUGGUGACGGAUAUGCAACAUAUUGAUUACCACUUCCGUGGGCUUGAAGAAGAUGGUGGAGAUGAUGCUGGCAAUGAUGAUGAUGGUGAAAACAAUUCCGAGGAUGACUCUGAUGAUGGUUCUGAAUCGCUUGAUGAUGGUGAACUCAGUUUUGACUAUGGACAGACUGACCAGGUUUAUCCAUCAGCCCAUUCAAUGGAGUUGGACAAUGUGGAUGUUGCAGCUCCUGAAGUUGCUUCAAAGGGUGUAUCAACGGAAAAUCUCAAUAGGAGUCAUGGUGGAAACAGUUUUUCCUUCUUCAGAGAUGUCAACAGCACUAAAUCAGCACCACUUUUAUCUGGGAGGAAACCAGAUCCUGCUGAGGGUCCCACGCGAAUGACUUCGUCACUUUCAAACAAGUUUCAACCAUGUGUUCUACCCACACCAGCUGAGGCAAAGAUUCCAGAUUCAGUAAAAUUGUAUAACGUAGACCCUCAAACAAGGCGAACUAGCCAGAGUACUAGCGUAGCUCAUUCGUGGUAUUCGUCCCCUUUGGAUCAGUUCAAACAUGAAAAGCUUAUGUCAGGUGAGAAGUUAUCUAUAACACAAUCAGUUCCCACAGAGAGCAAAAAUAGUGCAAAUCCUGGUUGGUUGCCCCCUCCAUUGUCAGAAGGCCUCUCAUCUGCACAGCAUGAUUUGUCCAAUGCUAAAAAGGUCAAGAGACAAGCCUUUUCUGGUCCAUUGACAGGGAAGCCAUGGCCCAAAAAGCCCGUUGUUUCUUCUGGUAGUCCAAUUGCCUCAACCGGAUACCCUCUGCAUUUCUCACUGCCUUUCUUGCAUACGUCAAUGCCUGAACCACCUUCAUCGACCCCUAAGUUAUCUUCACGUACUUCUCUCAUGUCAUCUCCUAAAAUAAGUGAGCUACACGAACUACCUAGACCACCAGCUAAAUUAUCUUCUACAAGACCCUUACGUCCGGUUGCUCACUCAGGACCUUUGGUUUCAAAAGACAAUGAACAUAAAGCGGCAGUGUCUUUACCAACACCUCCAGCUCUUCCUCGCAGUUACUCCAUACCAUCCAGGGGUCAGAUGGAAACAACACUCCAUGUUUCUAAGCCACUAGAUGAUAUGGUUUCACCUCCUUUAACACCAAUAGCCUUGGCGAAAAACCAGCAUAGCUAGUCAAAUUAGAGGUGUAACUAAGAGAGCCACCAGUGAUUUUCUGGCUUUUCUAAGGGUGCUUAAUCCUUCUAUCGGUGAAAUCCAAUUAGGGUGAAUUGGUGAAAGGCAGCAUUUUGCUAGGGUAUCCUAAUGUGUAGAGCAAUUGAGUCUUCCAUUGCUUCUGAAAUAUGGUGGCAGUUUUGAUUUUACCAUAAAGUAUAUCUGUUUUGCUUGUCUUCAUCUUGUAACUAUUUGUAGCUUUUAUGAGACCACAAUUAGUGGCUUAGACAGCCGUUUUUAACAUCUCUUCUGUAAAUAUCUUACAAGUAACCUAUCAAGAUGGAGAAAACAGUACCAAGAAGGCAGAAUGUGAAACUCUGCAAAUAAUACGUUUUCGUUUACUUGAA